CCAAUGAUAGUUCACUUACGUGCUUACGUCACGUAGAGCGACAAAAUUUCCAAGAUGGUGCUUGAAAGUACUAUGGUCUGUGUGGACAACAGUGAAUAUAUGCGCAAUGGAGACUUCUUACCUACCAGACUUCAGGCCCAGCAGGACGCUGUCAACAUCAUCUGCCAUUCAAAGACUCGAAGUAACCCAGAAAACAACGUGGGGCUCAUCACUCUGGCCAAUAACUGUGAGGUCCUGACCACGCUGACCCCUGACACGGGCAGGAUCCUGUCAAAGCUUCAUGCUGUCCAGCCCAGAGGAGUCAUCAGCUUCUGUACUGGCAUCAGAGUAGCACAUCUGGCACUGAAACACAGACAGGGAAAGAACCAUAAGAUGAGGAUCAUUGCCUUUGUGGGAAGCCCUGUGGAGGACCAGGAGAAAGAUUUGGUGAAGAUGGCAAAACGUUUGAAGAAGGAAAAAGUCAGUGUUGACAUAAUUAACUUUGGAGAAGAGGAGGUCAACACGGAUAAGCUGGCCAUGUUUGUGAACACCCUAAAUGGAAAAGAGGGUGUAGGCUCUCACCUGGUAACGGUGCCUCCUGGCCCGAGCCUGGCAGAUGCUCUUCUGUCCUCUCCUGUCAUGGCUGGUGAGGGUGGCACCAUUAUGGGCCUGGGUGCCAGUGACUUUGAGUUUGGAGUUGAUCCCAGCGCAGACCCUGAGCUCGCUCUGGCUCUGCGUGUGUCGAUGGAGGAGCAGCGACAGAGGCAGGAGGAGGAAGCUCGCCGGGCAGCAGUGGCUUCAGCUGCAGAGGCUGGAGUCUCAUCACCCACUGUAGAUGAGUCUGAAAAUGCCCUGCUGAAGAUGUCGACAGCUCCUGCUCUGCCUGAUUUCAGCCGCAUGACAGAGGAUGAACAGAUCGCAUACGCCCUACAGAUGUCCAUGCAAGGAGGAGAGUUUGGCGGUUCAGAGGCCAUGGAUGUGGACACAGGUGCAGCAGCAGACAGUGAAGCUCCUAAGGAGGAUGAGGAGGAUUAUGAUGUGAUGCAGGAUCCAGAGUUUUUGCAGAGUGUGCUGGAGAACCUUCCAGGUGUCGACCCCAACAAUGAAGCCAUCCGUAAUGCCAUGGGCUCUCUGGCGUCCCAGAACAGAACAAAACCACCUGAGGGCAAGAAAGAUGAUGAGAAGAAAUAGAGGAAUAAGAUGUGUCUGGACUGACAGAGGACAAGGGCAAAUACAACUGAUGAAAGGUUUCCUACUGGAUUAUGGAUAGAAAUGAACACAGAAUUCAUAUAUAAUU